AUGUUGGGGGGGAGGGGGCUUGGUUGGGCUUGGUGUUCUUGGGAGGGGGGGGAUGGGAAGGUGGAGGCGUUGGCGAGGGCACUGGAGGGGGUGAUGGUGUUGGAGAAGGGGGGGAGGGAUCGGUUGAGUGAUGGGAGGGUUACGUAUACGGUGGAUUUGGAGGGCGGGAGGAAGAGGAGUGGUGGGCAGGGGGAUACGUUGACGGGGAGUAUUGCUACGUUUUUGGCGUGGCGGAAGGCGUAUCUGGAUGGGCUUUGGGAGACGGGGGGAGGGUUGAAGGAGGAGGAGUUGGUGGCGCUGGCUGUGUUUGGGGGGAGUGCGGUUACGAGGGAAUGCUCACGCCUCGCCUUUGCAAAGAAGGGACGCAGUCUACAGGCGAGCGACCUCACCGACGAGGUGCACACAGCCUUCCUGAACCUCUUCGGUGAGGUGGACGAUGACAGUAGUGGCGCGAGGCUGUGA